AUGAAAGAGGCCACCUGCAACUUGCAGAGCUUUGUCUUGGGCUACGGCGCGCAGGGCCUCAGCAGCGCCUGGCCGGCACUGCACCGUGCGGCGCACCAAAACGACCUGGACCUCCUGCAGCGGCUUCUCGAGGAGAAACCCGCUGAAGUGAACCGCCGCGACGCCAGCCGCUUCACCCCGCUGAUGCGCGGCGCCUCGGCGGGGCAUUUGGCGGUGCUGCGGCGCCUGGUGGCAGCGGGGGCGCGGCUGGAGCCCAUGGAUGCGGAAGGGAAGAGCGCCGCGGCCAUGGCGGCGGAGCGUGGCGACCUGGCAGCCCUGCGGUUCCUGGCGGACGCCGAUGCGAAGCUCUGGCGCCAGGAGCGAGGGCCCCCAGAAGCGUUGCACUGGGCCGCCUUGUCUGGACACCGGCCCAUCAUGGAGUUUCUUCUGUCGCGCCGUGCCUCAGCGCAUGUGCAAGAUGAGAAAGGCAUUCAGCCCAUCCACUACGCCGCCUUGGAGAGCGACGUGGCCACUGUGGCCUUUUUAGUGGAGGCGGGCGCUAACGUGUCCGCCGCAGGGGGCAAGGGCGAGCUGCCCUUGCACUGGGCGGCCGGGGUUGGCCACGCGGCCAUCGUGGCGUACCUCCUGGCCCGCCGCGCCGACGGCUCCGGCGCCGACCUGCGCCAGGCCACGGCGCUGCACUUCGCGGCGGCGCAGGACCGCCUGCAGGCGGCAGAGGUGCUGGUGGCGGCCGGGGCAGAGCUGCAGGGCCCACUGGCGGCGGCGCGGGCACAAGGCCACCGGCGCCUAGUGGAGCUGCUUGAGCGCGGAGCAUCUCGGACACGCAGAAGAGAGCUGUGA